UCACGGCAAUUUUAUGGUCUAAGGAAAUGGAUCUUUAGGGUUAGGGAAGUUGCUUUUGUUGGAGAUUGAUGUCAGUGGGAGUUUAUUCCUUUUGCAAAUGUAUAUGUUUGUGGAGAAUGACUUGUCGUGAACAUAAAGUAAAGGGUGCUUAUAGUUGAUGCAAAAUUGUUCAACUGUUUGAAGGUUCCAAGUUUGAAGACUGCUGUGAAUUGCCUAGUCUUUUAGAGAGGACAGAUGACAUAAUUUGAACAACGUCUAAAUGAGUGUUUGAAAGCAACUUCCCAAUUUUCAGAGUACAGGUUGAAAUUUAUUUAUAUAGGAGAGUGUGCUAGGAUCUCUGCAAUUGGAAAAUCGUCAAGUCAUGUCGGUUUCAGGAAACGAAGAGACUGGGGUCCUUGCCCGGCAGUCUAGUAAUUGUUCUGCAGGUGUUCCUAUCAAGAAAAGGAGGUUUCCAUUGGUGAGGCCUCUUUCACCUCCUCCUCAGGAACCAUCUACUCGUCGUGCAGAUAAUGACUCGCUACAUAAAGAACAAUCUAAUCCAAGUCAAGAGUCUUCACUUUCUGAUGCUAGCGUUAUAACAAAUUCCCCUGGCUUAUCCGAUGCGAACAAGAGUUCUUUUCCAGAGUGGAGAAAGGAGGGCCCUGCUGAUUCAAAUGUUUACUCAGUUAACCUCUCUGCAGUUAAACUUGAGGAACCAAGUUUCACAAGUUGUUUGGGUUCCAUGGAUAAUAUGGACAACAAAAAGAAGCUUCUGCUGACUGAGAAAUCUACGUGCCUGAAGAUUUUGGAAAAUACUGAGCUGCAUUUAGCAGCUAGUGAAACACUACCAGUCAAUGAUGGAAAGGGAAAACCUAACGAACAAAAAGCUGAAAGGGAUUGCAAACUUGAACUUUCUACAGUUUCAGGGGAUGCUGAAUUGUCAUUAGGACUGAAGGAACCUCAUAUUUCAGAUUUGGCGGUUCAGAAUAGUGAAUGCACGAUUCCAGAGAAAGUAGAUCCUUCAUUCUAUUUGUCGUUGGGCAAAGCAAAGGCCAUCACCAAAUGCAGGAGUGAUGAUCUUAAUUUGUAUAAUGAUAGAGACUGUCUACAUGCUAACAGAUCUAAUUGGGAUCUCAACACUACAAUGGAUGCUUGGGAGGGUUCUAUUGGUGAUACUGCUACAGGUCAAGGAGUUGCUGCUGGCUUUGAUGGUUCAAAUGCAAUGGGUUGUACUGGUACACACGAUGUAAAGCCUUCUAUAUCUUCAUCCGGAUUUUUUGGGAGUAGUGUUGACUUGGGGAAACAGAUCCUUGGAGGGGGUGAGAAGAGAUCCAAUUUCCUUUUAUCAUCCUUAAGCUCUAGCCAGCAAUAUAAAAAUGAGGAUUCCCUUGGUCUGCAACUUAGUACACCUUGUUUUCUUCCAUCAAAUUGCAGUGGAGAACAUUCUGGUUCAUCUGCUAAAGUAGUUUCAAACUUACAUGGAGUGUUAGUACCAACUGGAAACAUGAGCUCUAUUGGUGGUAUGACUGUAAAAUCAGAACCAUAUGAUGAGAAUGCUAAGCAUGAAGCAAGGGGGAAUCCUACAAGAUCAUUGGAUUUUAGGACUUCGAAGCAUGAAGUGGCUGAGAGGUGCAGUUUAGAAACUCUUAAAUUGUCAAAUACUAGCCCCCAGAAGUUAGUUGAACCUAAAUCAGUAAAGUCUGAGCUAGUCCAGGAUAAUCUGGAAACACAGAGAACAACUAAAGAGACAUCACACCAAUCAGAUGGGAAGGUUGUACAAUGUGAGAAUAACUGUUCCUCUAUGAUGGAGAUGGCCGUAAAACCCCAGAAGCCAAGCCCUUCAGGGUUGCCUACUUGUUCGACUGAGUUGUCUAUGAGUGGGGAUAUGUCAAACCAACCAGAAUAUUCUGGUUGUACCAAAGAAGUCCACAUUAAUAAUGUGGCACCUCAUGAAAGGUGCAAUAAUGUUGAGCAGGUUGCUUUAGAAACAGUUUUUACAUCCAUGGAAAAUCAAAGUAAAGGAUCAACUAUAUGUGAUGGGAUGAUAGAAACUUCUGGUGUAAAAGAUUUAAAUGCUAAGGAUCCUGAGACAUGCAGAUUGAAAUUGAUGAAUGAAUUCCCUCCAAAUUCACGUGGAAAUGGUGAGGGAUCUUUAAGUGAUGAAGACAAAUUCAACAUAUUGACUGACAUGCUUGAAGAUUCUUAUAGUUCUGAUUGUGAGUCAGAUGGUAAUCAUGAUGUAGUUACUAUGGAGGAUGCAAAUGAUAGACAAUUUCGUGAAGAAGAUGAUGAAUAUGAAGAUGGUGAGGUCCGAGAACAACAAUUGCACACUGCCAGCGAAGGCCCUGUUGUUGAGAAAAAAGAAGCAGAAAAUGUUAAUUUUGGUGAUUGUGAUAUAAAAAAUGUGGAUUCAGGUUCUCUUGGCGAAGGGAUUAUUACAGAAUCUGGAGUUGAUGAAAAUGAAAGAAAACUGGAAGAGCAUCCUGAGACAAGUGAUGAUCAUAUCAAAGAGUGUGUUGAUGCAGUUGUUAAUGAGAAAGCUGAACAAGGUGUAGAUAAAGAUGGUUCAUUGCAAGAACCAUUGACAGUAGAAGUGGCAGGAGCUGAAUCUGACGAAAAGAGGUUUAUAAAGGCCACUCAAAGGAAACUGCUUGAUCGAUCAGGAGGGAAAGAUGUUGAGACGGGUCACGAAACAGAAAUAUCAUCUGCUGGAGCCACUAAUGUUAUCCAAGGUACUGUAACAACAGUUGUUCAGCCUGCAGAUGGGAAUACAACUGACACUCUUGAAAAGCCUGAUUCAACUAUGCCCAAGACUGAUCCAUUUCUAAAUGGUAAUGAUGGUGCUAAAGAUGUAAACACUGGAGGCAACCGGAGCCGGAUUAUAAAUUUGCCUCGAGCUACUAACGUGUCUCCUAGUAAAACAAGUUAUAUUCCAGGCAGGUCGUUGCCAUCACAAAGCGGAAGAGAUAGAUAUGUUGAUUUUGAGGGUGGCAAAGUACAUCCACGGGGGAAUAGAGAAGAGAUAUACAUUGAUGGUCCCCGCAAAUUUAUGAGAGAGAGGAUUCAAGAUCAGCCACUCAGAAACUCUAGACUGAACUUUAUGCGUGGCAGAGGGAGGGGUUCCAGCCGGUUAGAUACUCUACGCGGUGAUUGGGAUUCUGAUCGUGAUUUUGCUUCAGAGAUUUACAAUGGUCCGGCCGAUUAUCGGUUUUCUAGGCAUAAACGUGAUUCUAAUGCUACUGCUGAUGCAGAGCUUCAUUGUAAUGGUUAUAUUGUUGCACCAGAUGGUGCUAUUAUAGGUACAGGUAGGGGAGGAAGGAAGCCUUUAAAUGAUGAAUUGCCUUCAUUUCGUCAUCUGUCCUCGAGGAGGCGCUCUCCUGGAGGUAGGGAUGGGCCUGCAACACGUGGCAUGCAAAUGGUUCGUAGAUUUCCAAGAAACAUUAGCCCAAGUAGAUGCAUUGGUGAAGAUGGAUCUGAUAUGGUUGGACUCAGGCGUGGUCAAAAGUUCGCGAGGGGUUUGCCAGAAGAUAUUAUGGAUCCUGCAUUUACUCGUCGCCAACCUCCAUAUGAUGGAGUGGACAAUCGCUUUGCCCGAGGGAGCAGAAACUUUUCUUCUGUCCAGCGAAGGGGUCUUCCUAGAAUUCGGUCAAAAUCUCCAAUACGAUCCCGAACUCGCUCCCCUGGCCCAUGGUCAUCUCCUAGAAGAAGAUCCCCAGAUGGAUUUAAUGGACUUCCUGAAUUAAUGCAUAGGAGAUCUCCAGCUAUUUACCGGAUGGAAAGGAUGAGAUCUCCUGAUCGCCCUUGUUUCCCUGAAGAGAGAUUGGCGAGAAGGCAUGGUUCUCCUCCUUUUAUCUCCCGACCUGCUAAUGAUUUGAGGGAUAUGGAAUCUGGACGAGAUCAUGGUCAUCUGAGGUCUAUUAUACCCAAUAGGAGGAGCCCAUCUGAUAGGGUUUUACCUAGGAACAAUAGGAGAUUUGAUAUUCUAGAUCCUCGAGAAAGGACAGAUACUGAUGAAUAUUUUGGGGGGCCCAUGCAUUCUGGUAGAUUUCAUGAGCUUGAUGGCGAUGGAAAUGGUGAUGAGAGGAGAAAUUGUGGUGAGAGACGGGGACCUGUUCGUUCUUUUAGGCCCCCUUUCAAAGGUGCAGAUGCUGAGAAUUUUCGCUUUCGUGUAGAUGAUGAUGGUCCGAGGCCUUUUAGGUUCUGCCCGGAAGCUGAUUCAGAAUUCAUUGAAAGAAGUAAUUUGAGGGAAAGGGAGUUUGAUGGGCGGAUUAAGAAUAGAUCUGUAAAUGCAUCUAGGAGGACAAGAAGCAUUGAAGAGCAAGAAGGAAACUACAGGCAUGCUGGGCAGGUGUGGCAUGAUGAUGGGUUUGAUGACAGCUCCCGAGGGAAAAGAAGAAGAUUUUGACCUAGUCUUUGUGGCUGCUCUAUGAACCUGAAACUGGAUUUGUUGUUUUAGUUGGAAUGGGACCAGCAGGUGUAAAUAGUUGUGGACAUCUGCAUCCUUCGCAGGGACCUUUUUCUUUUUUAUUUGCCUUCGAACUCGGUGCAUGUUGUUUGUAAUCAGUUGUUGCAGUUACGAGCAGGAUGAAGGAUGUCUAAGCAAAGAGAUGGAUAACAAAGAGAGGGAUCAACAAGUGGGAAUAGUUUAGAUUAUCUGUAUCCUCCUUGUGGAUGUUUCGGUUUGCAUUGAAUGUAGUGCUGGUUGCUGUUUUACAUGGAGCAUAAGUUAUGUAAGUGAUACCCAAUGGUGACUUAAUUUUCGCGUAAUCGUACCUUCCUACAUAUGGUUCAGCAUCUAGGAAUAUGUAGCCAAUGUAAUGUGGUCUGUAGUGGUUCUCCUGGUACCAGGGUUGCCAAUUCUUCCUAAAGGUCAAACUGCUGGUUCCUUUUUUUUUGCCCAUUUCUGGGAGUUAGCUGAAGGGUCUCGGUCCAAUGUUAGCAAGUUCUUUACUGCAAUAAAUUAUGUUGGUACUUUAUAUAUCCUAUGGUCAUUUUGAUGAAGUUGGAUGUUGUAAAUUUUUUGGAUCGAGAGCACCUUAAGAUUAUCUGUAGUAUUUGCAGCUUUAUAUGAUAAUACUUGCCAGGUCUGACAGACUA